AGGCGCCCGGAGACCCGCUGCGGAGCUGGCGCGACCCCUGCGGGGCAAGACGCGGGGCUGGGCCGGGCUGAGCCAGAGGCACCGGGCGCCCUUUCGGGCCGGCGCUGCUGACGGGCUCCCGCCCCGCGCCCACGGGGGACGAUGCCGCGCGGCAAGGCUCCCCACGCCCCCCGCGCGCGCCGUGCGGGAGACAAAGCCCGCGCGUGAGCGGAGGCGGGGCUGUGCGGACGGGCGACACCUGGGCUCCGCGCUCGAGGGCGGAACGUCCCGGAUCCGGUGCCCACGGAGCUUUGCGUGAAGAACUGGUCCCGACCCCGCGGCCGGCACAGGUGCGCGGCUGCUCGAACCCGGACCCUCCGCCCAGCGCAGCAGCCAGCGGCAGGUGGCGGACGGGACGGGACAGGACGGGCGCUGCGCAGGCCCCGCCUCGCCCUUGGGAAGCCGCGCCUGUGCCCUCUGCCCCCUCUCCCGGCCGUUCCAGGGCCUCCAGGGCCGCGGGAGGAACGAGGGCAUGUCCAGCAGCAGCACCGCCAGCAUCUCGCAGGCCCGCAAGGCCGUGGAGCAGCUCAAGAUGGAAGCCUGCAUGGACCGGGUGAAGGUGUCCCAGGCCGCUGCGGACCUGCUGGCCUACUGCGAGGCCCACGUCCGGGAGGACCCGCUCAUCAUCCCCGUGCCGGCGUCGGAAAACCCGUUCCGGGAGAAGAAGUUCUUCUGCACCAUCCUCUGACGCCCUUGGCCAUGCAGCACCUCCUUUUCCGGACCGCCCCGCGGGAACCCGCAUGCCCGUAGCUUUAGGGAGCCCCCUCCCCGCCCUGCCCGUCCCUGCUCAGCCACCCCUCAGGGGGGCCGGUCUCAUCUGUCCCUUGUGUUUCAUGAUUGUAACGAUUCCACUUUUCUUUCCGUUUUCAUGUUAUUUCCUUAAAACACAUUUUUGUUUAUGUCAGAGAGGAAGGCAUGGGGCGUGCCUGUGGCGGGCAGCUGUCAUUGUGUUCCCAGUUUGUCCAGUAUCUGACCCCCCUUCCCGCAGGACGGAAUCACCCCUUGCAAGUCCAUUGAGUGGGAUGCAGUGUCCCCGCCCCUGUGGCUGCCCACAUCCCCUCCGCGGUGCACCCCUUUCCUAGCACAGACUGGCCAGGUUGUGAAAAUCCUUCCAGCUGUGCACGUUGCAUUCGUGCACUUUCCUGUACCCGUGUUAUAUGUCAAUAAAAAGUGGGCUUGGUGGUCAGCAGUAAA